AUGCACCAUCAGCAUGCUGUUCAGAACAACAAGUUUAGUGUUCUAGUUUCUUCGUAUAAGGAUUCUUCUUACACGGAUAAGGAUGUUUAUUACACGAUAGAUUUUGAUGUAACAUCCUCAUCGUACCAUAUGGUAGUUGAAAGUCAUCCUUGUGAUUCGCAUUUACCUUCUCGUUCCCUAAGUAGUGAUUCAUGUGGUGCCCUAAUCGGAUUAGCUUCUGAUAGAUGCAAUGCAUACCAAAAGAUGUGCUUGUGGAAUUCAUUAACUAGAGAACGCAAGAAUAUGUUUAUACGAACAUCAAUCCGUUGCAGAAACUAUGCAUACUUGUUCAGAAAUGGGGUUUAUUAUGAUUGUAAAAUUGAUGAUUACAAGUUGUUCAAAUUAGAGUGCUAUGAAGGAUAUGACGAUGAGUCUUGUAAAGUUUGGGUCUCUAGAUUAGGUUCAAAUACAUGGCAUCGUAUUGCAGAGAUGCGUUAUGAUGUAUCACGUCACUCUGAUAUAUGUGUGACGCCUUUAAAUGGAAUUAUUCAUUGGAUAGAAGAGAGUAAAGUUAUAUUUUCGUUCGAUAUAGUUGAGAUGCAAACCAAAGAAAUCCAAAUACCCAGUUGCUAUUUAGAAAAUGAGUCAUACCCGUUUGAUGAUAUGGAAGUGGGUGUUUUGGGAGAGCAACUUUACCUAUCAGUUAAUGCUGCAGACAACAUUGAUCUAUGCGUGAUGAAAGAUUAUGGAGUUGUAGAUUCUUGGACCAAAAUUUUCAGCCUUUUGAAAAAUGAAAUUAACUUUGGUUAUUUAUGGCCCCUGCAUUAUCUCAACAAGAAUUGCGAGAUUCUAUUACAUGCAUAUGUAUGUGUAGAAGAUGAAGAUUCUGACAAGGAUGUUUUAGUCUCUUAUGACUUAAAAAGUGGAAGACUUGUGACUCUGGAUAUCCCCUGCCUGCCAAAGUAUUUUUCUCCGACAACUGUGGUUGGAAGUCUAGUUUCACCCAAUUCAGGUACAUUCGUCGGAGUAGCAAAUAUUUCUAAGGUGGCGUGA